UUGAGUCAGAAAAGUAAUACAGACAUUGACCAUUGAAAGUGAGUUUUGGAGAAAAAUGGUGAGCCAUUACAAUCGCAAAAAGAAGAAGGAUGCAGUAUUCUUGAAUGUUAAACCGAUAAUGAGCAGUACUAUUGCUGUUCGGAAGUAUUCCAACGGUAUUAUGGACCAAAUGCACAAUGGAUUUGGAAAACAGGUUUACCAAAUGAGUAACAAUCGUCCAUCCAUUGCGACCAUUAGUUCGACAAAUCAGCACUUCAUACCAAAUAUCUUUUAUCAAAAUGUUGCUCCAUUAAAGUGGUUCAUGCUUAUGAUUGGCGUACUACCAAUGAUGCGUACGGGCCCGGGAACCACAAGGUUUACAAUGCGCUCGCUUCCGUUUGGCUAUUGUUUGGUGGUAUUCAUAUGUUUAUCGAUAUAUGUGGCCUACGUCACAAAUCAGCGGAUUAUGAUUGUCACCUCGUUGAGUGGACCGUUUGAAGAGGCCGUAAUUGCAUAUCUGUUUCUUGUCAAUCUGUUGCCAAUAUUGUCGGUUCCGAUUAUGUGGUGGGAAACAAGAAAAAUUUGUACUCUUUUUAAUGACUGGGACGACUUUGAGAUUUUGUAUUAUCAAAUAUCUGGACAUAGUGUCCCGCUCAAUCUCCGUCGGCGUGCCCAGAACAUUGCAAUAGUAUUGCCCGUUCUGUCAAUACUGUCGGUUGUUGUAACUCACAUUACCAUGGCCGAUUUCAACCUCGUACAGGUUAUCCCUUACUGUAUUCUGGACAAUUUAACAGCUAUGCUGGGGGCUUGGUGGUACUUAAUAUGUGAGGCUCUCAGUAAUACCGCUUACAUUUUGGCAGAACGCUUUCAAAAGGCCUUGAGACAUAUUGGACCGGCUGCAAUGGUGGCUGACCAUCGGGCCCUCUGGUUGCGCCUUAGUAAAUUGACCCGUGAUACUGGAACGGCAACCUGCUAUACUUUUACUUUCCUAAAUUUAUAUUUAUUCUUCAUCAUCACUUUGUCAAUUUAUGGAUUGAUGUCCCAAUUAUCCGAGGGGUUUGGUGUCAAGGACAUUGGUUUGGCUAUUACCGCCUUGUGGAAUAUUUGCUUGCUAUUCUUUAUCUGCGAUCAGGCGCACAACGCAUCGUUUAAUGUGCGAACGAAUUUCCAGAAAAAACUGUUGAUGGUGGAGCUAAAUUGGAUGAAUUCUGACGCACAGACGGAAAUUAACAUGUUUUUGCGGGCCACUGAAAUGAAUCCGUCAAAUAUAAAUUGUGGUGGAUUUUUUGAUGUCAAUCGCAAUCUUUUCAAGGGGCUUCUCACAACUAUGGUGACAUAUCUGGUAGUGUUGUUGCAGUUCCAAAUCAGCAUCCCCAAUGUUAUACCUAAUUCCAAUCCAAAUAUGACUUUAAUCGAAGCCAUCACAAUGAUGAUGUCUGGCGAGGAUUACAGUGGAGAAAAUGAUGAUGUUACAACCACAACAAUGAUGACUACGCGAGCAACAACGACAGCGCGAACACCUGCACGAGGUCGAAAUGGCUGAGUUAUCUGGAUGUGGCUUUGUAAUCAAUGUCUUUGUAACUUUUAUUCACAUAUUGGUAUUCAAAUAUAAAAUAAACACAUAGAUGCAUUCUAA